AUGCAAUACGUGGGCGGUUCGAGGCGAGAGUUGUCCGGGGUGAAGGAACUGGUGACCUCGAGGAGGGUGCAGAAGAGACCCUCCGCGAACGUUGUAAGGUCGGAUGGAGGUUGCAUCGGGGGCAGUCCAGGAAGCGGCGGCGUCAUUGCAGGUGGCUUGCUAGGCGGUUGCAGCGGUGGCAACGACGCCUUAGCAGAGUUAACCAUCGAGGACCUGGCAUCUCUUCCCGCCGGAAAUCACACCUCAGCCAAUCACACGGGCCAUUCCUCUCAUCACAAGAUUCUUUUGACAAACGAAAUUCCUUCGACGUUUCUUGCGACGGCGUACGUUGUCCGCGUGUCUCGCUCGAUGAAUGAGAAACUUCCAGAACAUCUGAGAUAUCUGGGAGCAACUUUCCAAGUCGUACUAAAGGGAGAAUAAAAAAGAAAGGAACCAACGAACUCGCUGGCAUCGUCGUUCGAUUCGUUGUGUCGACGUUUCUUAGAGCUUUUCCGAGUUUCCACCCCCAUCCACUUUCCGCGUCACUUUAUUUUCUUUUCUUACUGGAAUCCUUAUCCUCCAUUGAGGGACUCCUUCGUCGAUAUUCCUGUCAUACUUGUCGUUUUCCUCUCUAGCCGCCUUAAAACUCGACGGUUUAUCAAAUGCUUCGACGGUUUAUCAAAUGCUUCGACGGCUGAAAACAAUACUCUCUGGGGAGGGUGUCUCGAUUUCUUUCGACGUACUUCCAAGAAACCAGCACUUCCGGUGGAUCGCAAAAGUAAACAGGUCGAUGGUACUUGAACUAUUAAGUCGUCCAUUUACUUAUUAUUCAGGUAUCGUUUUUAAGUGGUCAUUAUUCAAAUGAAUAAUGCAUCGUCCGAAACCAUUGUUACUCCUUAAUGAUAUACAAAACAGAUGAUAUACAAAAUAGCAACAGGAUCAUUUGUAUUAGGAACACGUCCUCUAAAUUAUUGAUUAGAAU